AUCAUCUCUCCUCCCAAUCUGACGUCUCAACUCUGAACCCACGCACACAAACCUGAAACCCUCUCCCCCUCCUCGCUCCCACAGUGGUCAAAUGCCUCCCGCCGCCGCCGCCGUCGUGAGGCGGGCCCACUUCGCCGGUUCUUGCCCGUCGCCCGGCCGGCGCCUCGGCAGGAGGGUGGAUCGCGUCUCGCUGGCUCUCCCCGCGGCCUCACCGCCGCGCGUUUCAUGGGAGCAGGGAUCCGGGGCGCCCAUCAGGGAACGGGUCUGCGCCAAGGCCGGCGGCUCGUUCGAGCAAGAUCGCAUUGGGGCGGACGCCGCGUCGCCUUCUCCUUCUCCUCAGGGUGUGGAGGAGGGCAGCGUUGAUUUCCUCAAGAUUCUCAAGAGUGCCAACUCCCUUAUUCCCCAUGUGGUGCUGGGGAGCACCGUUCUUGCCCUGCUGUACCCACCUUCGUUUACAUGGUUCACAACCAGAUACUAUGCACCGGCAUUGGGGUUCUUGAUGUUUGCUGUGGGUGUCAAUUCAAGCGUUAAGGACUUCAUUGAGGCAAUAAAAAGGCCAGAUGCCAUCGCUGCUGGCUAUAUUGGACAGUUUAUUGCCAAGCCUUUCUUUGGAUUCCUCUUUGGCACUCUUGCAGUUACGACUUUCAACCUUCCUACUCCUGUAGGUGCUGGUAUCAUGUUGGUUUCAUGUGUGAGCGGAGCACAACUGUCAAACUAUGCAACUUUCCUGACAGAUCCACAUAUGGCUCCCCUCAGCAUUGUUAUGACAUCGCUGUCGACAGCUACUGCAGUUUUUGUUACCCCAACUUUAUCUUACUUGCUUAUCGGCAAGAAAUUACCUGUUGACGUUGUAGGAAUGAUGUCCAGCAUUGUCCAAAUAGUGGUUGCUCCAAUUGCAGCUGGAUUGCUUCUUAAUAGAUUUCUCCCAAGACUCUGUUCGGCUAUUCAGCCGUUUCUCCCUCCACUAUCGGUGUUUGUGACUGCUUUAUGCGUUGGCUCACCAUUGGCUAUAAAUAUCAAGGCUGUUUUGUCGCCAUAUGGACUAUCCAUUGUGUUUCUGCUUUUUGCAUUCCAUACAACAUCUUUUGUAGCUGGAUAUCAUCUUGCUGGUACUUGGUUCCGCAAGUCAUCUGAUGUCAAGGCCCUACAGAGAACGAUAUCUUUUGAGACAGGGAUGCAAAGCAGUCUUCUUGCUCUUGCUUUAGCAAACAGGUUCUUCCCAGACCCUCUUGUGGGAGUGCCUCCAGCAGUAUCAGUUGUGCUGAUGUCCCUAAUGGGGUUUGGUCUUGUCAUGCUAUGGUCCAAGAAAACACAAGUAAUGGCGUCCCUCCGGCUCGUGGCAGCGCUGGCGCCCCCACCCCCGCCCUCGUCUCGGCGGGAGCCGCGGAAGCCUCCGCCGGCGGCGGCCCACCUGGCGAGGGGCGUCGCCCUCGCGGCGGCGGCCGCCACGGUGGCCGCGGCCGCGGCGUCGCCGCCGGCGCUCGCCGCGCUGGCCGAGCCGGCGAACGCGCUGUCGCUGCCCACCUGGGCCGUCCACGUCUCCAGCGUCGCCGAGUGGGUGACGGCGAUGGCGCUGGUGUGGGACUACGGGGAGCGCACGGGGCUCAAGGGCUGGAAGGGCCUCUCAUGGGGGAUGGUUCCUCUUCUCGGCGGAGCGAUGUGCGCGUGCACCUGGCAUUUCUUCUACAACUCGGAGUCUCUCGAGGUGCUUGUGGCGAUUCAAGGCGCUCUAACGGUGAUCGGUAACAUAACGAUGUGCAUAGCUGCGUACCGCAUCUACAAAGGGUCGCAAGAAAGCACAAACAGCAACAGUCCAUAGCCUAUGUAUGCCACACUCUUUCUCGAACAUCCGUCUGUCGGGUCAAGGCUUCAGCUUAUUUUUCCUUGUUUCUAAGAGGUGGAACCUUCUUGACUGACAGAGUUUUUCUUCUGUAGAUUUGAAUACCGUUCUUAAUUUGUAAUUCUGUUACACCUGAUUCGAAAAAAACAUAAAUGAUGGAUGCAAACAAGGUAGACGAAGAAA